ACUUCCUGCUCCACACACAGAGAGGAGCUGAAGGCUGCAGUGUGUCAGCUGGUCGCUGCGACUCAAAGAGCUACGUCAACUGAACUAAACAACACAACAACAACUCAACUUAACUCUAGCCAUGAACUACCAGCAGCUCUAAACAAUGAGUGAACCGAGGACUCGGACUUUGUGGCUGGAAGUUGACAAACUUUAACCUCAAAGAGCCUCAUGAGAGAGAGAGUAGUGUCCUAGCUCUGCUGUAGCUCUGCUGGCUAACGUUAGCUAUUUGUCUGUCUGUGUGGCGAGUUAAGAUGUCUCUGCUGCAGGCAUACCGUGUUCCUCCUCCGUGUGUGAAGCAGGAGCAGGAGGAGGACUCGGACGCGGAGGAGACUCAUCUGCUGCUGGGUUUCAGGAGGACAGAGGACGGGCUGGAGACUCAGAUCAUCCACAGUGGACACUUCAUGGUGUCCUCUCCGCACAGCGAGCACCCUCCCAAGAAGGGCUACGACUUCGACACUGUCAACAAGCAGACCUGUCAGACCUACCACUUUGGCAAGGCGAGCAUGUCUCACCUCUCCAUAGACGCCUCUCUGACCAAGCUGUUUGAGUGCAUGACUCUGGCGUACAGUGGUAAGUUGGUAUCUCCCAAAUGGAAGAACUUCAAAGGUCUAAAACUGCUUUGGAGAGACAAGAUCCGCCUCAACAACGCCAUAUGGAGAGCCUGGUAUAUGCAGUAUGUGGAGAGAAGGGAGAAUCCUGUUUGUCACUUUGCAACUCCGCUGGAUGGAAAUAUGGACAUGGACGUCCAUCGUCCUGCAGAGGGCAGUGGAUCAGACGGGAAAUGCUGGAAAAGACGAAUUGAAAUCGUCAUAAGAGAAUACCAUAAGUGGAGAACAUACUUUAAAAAAAGGUUACAGAAGCACAAGGAUGAUGACCUCUCAAGCUUGCUUAAGGGACCAGAGGAGCAGCUAUCGCUGUUUGGGGAAGUCUCUCCAGACAUGCUCCGUGUCUCCUUUUAUCAGGAUGAAGAGACCGCUGCACGCCGUCACUCUCGCAGGAAUAAUGAAACUCCUCUCCCCAUGGAGAUGGACCCCCUCUUUGACAUGGACGUUCUGAUGUCUGAGUUUUCAGACACGUUGUUCUCUACAUUGGCCUCACACCAGCCCAUAGCCUGGCCUAAUCCACGGGAGAUUGCUCAUGCAGGGAACGCAGACAUGAUCCAACCAGGACUCAUCCCUCUACAACCCAACCUAGACUUCAUGGACUCCUUUGAUCCACUGCAAGACUUAUUUCACAGCCUCCGUCAGCCCGUCUUCCCCUCUGUUUCACCCACUGCACCAUCUGUCACCCCUCUACCCAGCAGCAACUCUCAGUCACAGGCCCAGUUAAUGUCCUCCCUGCUCACCAGCAACCACAUCUCCCCUCCUUGCCCCCUGCCCAUCCCCUCUCCCAUGGCCAGUCAAACCAGUCAAACCAGUCGAACAGUUGGCGGUGAUGCUGCCUAUGGACAAAACUACAUGCCUCUGUUUCCUGGGCAGGUGGCACCCAGUGAUCAAGCAGUAGUCUCCUCAGUCUCAUUAUCCCAUGAUCCUCUGGUACAGUGCCUUCCAGUUCAGGACAUGGCCUCAGCAGCAACCAUGGGUCCAUCUCCCUUGGACAACACCUCAGCACUGGAUGAGACCGUAGCACCAACUGUGAUCGUACACACGGCCUCCUCUGCUGUCACACCCAGCGAUACAGCCCCCACCUUCAGCCACGCCUCAGACUAUAGCUCCAUAUCCUCACAACCUCCUCCUUCCCAGCUCCAGCCCUUGGCUCCUUUACCUGCCGCUCCUGUCCAGCACCCUCAGACUUUUGCCCUGCCUCGCCCCUUUCAGUCAUCCAGUGCCAACAAAACCCGCCCUGUGCAAAGGAUCGCUCCUGCUAACACCCUCCCCCAGUCCCACCUCAUCCUCACAGCCCCGUUCCCAGGUCACGCCAAUGCUGUCAUUGUUACACCAGCACCUCUGAAAGCAGAUGUGGUCCGUAACACUGGAGUGGUCAUCACUCCUUCUCAACUUGGAGGGGCUCCUGGAUUUCGUGUUGUGUCUCAGACACAGAAGUCUCCCCAGCCGAUUGUCCCCAAAGAAAAGUCUUCCAGCCGCAAAAAUCAGAAAGCCUCUUCUAGUGUCGGUCCCAGUCAGCCAGUAUCAGGUCAAGGAUCACCACUUGGACUGGAUCAAGUUCCUAGUCCUCAGUCACUGAUUAGCAGCAGCAGUACACCUCUGGUAAAGAGUGAACAAAAUCAGAGCCGGAGGACAACACACAUAUCUGCUGAGCAAAAGAGACGAUCAAACAUAAACAUUGGCUUUAAAACACUCUGCAACCUGGUUCCAACUCUAAAGGCACAAUCUAAUAUCAGUAAUGCAGUCACAUUGCAGAAGACAGUGGAUCACAUUGGGAAGCUCCAACAGGAGAGGCAGCAGAUGCAGGAAGAGGUCAAGAGACUACGGGAGGAGAUAGAGGAGCUCAACGUCUCCAUUAACUCGUGUCACGAACAGCUGCCUGCGACAGGGGUACCCGUCAGGCGGAAUCGCUUCGACCACAUGCAAGACAGGUUCAAUGAAUACGUAAAGAACCGCACUCUUCAGAACUGGAAGUUCUGGAUCUUCAGCAUCAUUAUCAAGCCUCUCUUUGAGUCGUUCAACGCGAUGGUGUCAACUACAAGCAGGGCAGAGCUGUGUCAGACCACACUGCAAUGGCUCGAUCGUCACUGCUCCCUUCCAAUGCUCAGACCCAUGGUGCUGAGUACUCUUCGCCAGCUGAGUACAACCACGUCCAUACUUAGUGAUCCAUCCCUGCUGCCUGAAGAAGCCAUACUGGCCGUCACACAAACCGAUGUGUAGCCUCGCUCUCAGAGGAGAGGAGGGGAGGUGACCCAAAAGCCACCUGAACCUUUUGGACAGCAAUCAUCAAAAUGACAUAUCACUAGUUCACCUUAUAGCCAUUCAGCAAGGUCACCACGUCUUCCACUGAUGCACGACUUCGCUGACAAAGAAAUGAAAUGAUCAAUGCACGCUAGGUCUGGCUUGGCGGUGGUCAUACAUUUGUGCUGUUGGACAUUGAUUGCACCCACGGAGCCUCAUCUUUGACAUUUAUAACAAUUGUGCAAAAAUGGCUUUUAUCACAUUAUAUUUGAAUGACAGCAACUACUACUGCCUUCACCUACGUCAGGUGAAGAUCUUCUAAAUGCUUUAUUGGAAGGUGGCACUGGUUGUUUGCUUUUUGAUCAACAGUAUAUAUUUAUAUUUAAAUCACUUUUAUAAUGUAAAAACACAACGUUGUGUUAAAAAGGGAAAUAUUGAGUGAUUUUGUGUUCUCUCUGUUGUAUAAAGUGUAUGGAUAGGAUGUUUUUGUCACAAGGAGAUGAGAUGAAUGUGGGGUUUUUUUUAGGACUAGCUGGCAGUGUAGUUUGUGAUUUUGGUUUCACAUCAGAAUGUCGAGGAUCGCACGAAACAUGGUCGUCUGUGCUUAAUUAGUACAAGAAAGCUGAGAGCUUUUAUUGUCUUUUCCAUCCCUUAUAUACUCAGGUGAACGUCAUUUUGCCAGUUAACAAUAGUGGUUCUUGGUGGUUUUCCAUCCAUGCUGAACAUCUUCAUAUUUUGCUUGCUCUGCCCUUCUUUAGUUAGUUCAGCUGCAAAUUGUACAAGAAAGCAGUCAUCUUAAAUAUGUUACAUAAUCUGGUUUCUACUGGGCAGGUCACCUCACAAUCGAGCGAUAUUACUUACAGCCCUCAUAGGGAGCAUUACUGAAAUAGCAGUACAGAUUAUAUCUAUAUACUACAGUAUAUUCACAUGUACAGUGUUACAGGAUCUUAGCUGAAUGCACAGUAGUUUUAGGGGUCUUUCCUGUUCUUUGCUCGUCACUCAGGGCUGCGCUGGUCAGCGUAAUUAUUUUCCAUUCAGCUAUGAACAAAUCGAGUCAGGGUCCUUCUCAGCAGGAAAACAUGUCGUCUGUAUAAAAGGGUACAGGUUACAUCACAUGGGUUGAUUUACCGAUGUUUUUUUCUGCUCGUAGUGACACUAACUUAUAACGCGUGUUAAUGACAGACAGGAGAAAACAAUCAGCACACAGAAACAGCCAUAUCAAAGAGUAGUUUACUAGCCGUCCAUUCAGUUCAUUUUUUUGUGUUACUGACAUCAUAUUUGAAAGAGCGCUCUGUUGACUGCUUGAGAAUUAGACACUGUGCAGAUUUAGUCGGCAUGUGUGACGUACAUCAGCCUUAUAGGUGCAGUGUGUAGGAUCUGGGGGCAUCUAGUAGUGAGGUUGCAGAUUGCAACUCCUGUGUGCUAAGCGUGUAGGAGAACUACGGUGGCUGACACGAAACCGUGAAAAUGUGAAUGGCCCUCUC